CAGUCGUUUGUUAUACAGCAUUCAGCAUCAUUAUUUGAUCAUCAUUCCGUUAUUUUCCGUGUAAAAACCUCAAAUUUACAAAAUAAUUUAAAAACCGAGAAUUUUUAAUAGAUAAAUUGAUUGAAUUUUUCAAAAUAUUUGACAAUUACAAACAAUUUGUUCAGUUUAAAAUUGUGCUCGUAAAAAUUGGAAGAAUGAGCCAAAUUAUUUCGACUGAUUUUCUCAAAUCGUUUGCAAUGGCCUUGCAAAAAAUGCAUGAUCCACUAAUUUUGCUGGAAAGUUCAUUGCAUGAAGUACAAAAAUCGAUGCUUGAAUUGCAAGAAUUGUUGUGGCAACAAUUGGACAAAGAGCCAAAUGUUGCGAAUGUUCAUCAAUUGUCGCCAAGUUCAACAAGUCAAGAAAACGCGGACGUUAAGGAAAAUGGUGACAUACCAAUGAACGUGGUUGCUACGAAUGGGUAUGACGAACAAAAUGGUCAAGACACCGAUCGAAGCAGUUCCAGCGAUACAAAUGUGAACAGAAAGCGUAAACCAAACACUGAAUUUUUGAAAAAUUCAAAAGCCAAGCACUGUCGUCGACACACCAUUCAUUCGAGACGGAACGAUUUGGAUGAAGAAAACCAUACUUCACCGCCACCACCACCACCACCAUCUCCGGAGACAAGCGCAACCGAUUGCGAAAAUUCAACCACCGCGAAAAGUUUUCAACCACCGCGAAAAGUUCGUCGAAAUUAUUCAUUGGCAUUCGGUUCGCCGAUCGAAGCUCAACAGAUCGAACGAAAAAACACCAAUCUUAACAUGUACAUCAAAAAUCCAUUUUACGAAACAUUGUGCAUCUAUUGCAAUACUCAUCAUAAAUAUUUGGUGGCGCAUUAUGUCAAAAAUCAUCGCGACCAUGAAGUACCGAUAUCUCGACUAUCACCAAAACUGUCACAACGUCUACGGGCCCAAACCGACAAUUUCCAAAUGGAAAGCAAUAAAAUUGAAGGAUUUUGCUUUUUCUGCGACCGAACCAGGUCGAUGCCAAAAGGUCAUUGGGCGAGCCAUUUUACGCUACAUACUGGUGAAAAUUUAUUCACCUGCGUCACUUGUCAUGGAACAUUCAAACGACACAAUGAUCAUAAAAAUUGUUCCGGCACUGUGGUGAAUGGUUUCGAAUUGAAUGCAUCGAACGGUUCAUUGAUGGCAUACAUGUGUAAAUCAUGUAAUUACAUCCAAAUCCAUUUGUCGUCGAUGGAAAAACACUUGACCGUUCAACAUGGUUUCGAAUCGCCGGCAGACCAUUACGAAAGGCUAACAUUGAUACCAGACCUUUCGCCAGUCAAUUCAGUGGUGUCGGAAAAAUACGGGUUUUCCACCCAACUCUUUAAGUGCACCAUCUGUACCGAAAUAUUUACAACAUCCGAUGAAUUUCGGACACAUUUUGAUGGCAAGCAUAAUGAAGUCAAACAAUAUGAUUGUUUCUGCGGUGAAAUAAUCAACAAAGGUGAUGGUGGUCAGGAUUAUGCGACGGGUAAGUCGGUAACCGCUCAUGCUUUGAUGCACAGCACAGAUUUGCAUCAAUGUAGCAUAUGCCAUGGUGUUUAUUUGAAAAAAAGUUACGUACGUAAUCAUAUUUUAACCGAACAUCCGAACAGCGAAAUUAUAUAUCAGCACGCUCAUCGCAACAAUGAUAAAGUUGCCAUCUCCGAAACAAUUGUGCACAAAUUUAAAUGCAACGUUUGUAAGGACCAAACUGGCGGCACGUUCAGUAACAUUUUGAAUCAUUUCAAAGAUAAACAUCCAAACGAACAGGUUGAUACGUCGGCAAUCAUAUCCAAGAAACAAACCGAACAGAAUUUAACCAACAAACAGAAGAAUAGCACCACAAAGUAUACAAAUGGCAUUCAUUUCCAUGUUCAAUUUGGAGAGCAUGCAGGACAAGAUCCUUAAGACAUCCAUAAAUUUAUCGUUUCGAUUCAUUAAAAUUUGAUUCAGUGAGGAUAAAAAAUACGACGCUUCGGCUUGGCUCAAUCCCGGGUCACUAGUUGGCGGUUAUUUUGUUGAGAAAAACUUUCUUGAAAGAAAAAACUUUGGAAUACCUUUUUUAUUCUCACAUCAUUUUUUAUGAUUCAUUUUUUUCAAACAUUUUUCACAACAUUUUAUUAAUAUUAAGAUGUUUUAUUGAAUUGAAUUCAAUUUUUUUGACACUGAAAACACAUAGUAUUUUUGAUUAAGGUCAAAAAACUUUUUUAA